AAACUCGACGUUUGAAUCCAAUCAAAAACCCUUCUACUUCUCCCCCCCAAACACUGGCAGUAUGUAACCCCUCUCUCUUGCAAACACAAACACAAACACAAACACAAACAAACACAAACACAAACACAAACACGCUUACAGGCUACACUAACACAAAGAGAUAUUCAAUUUGCAAUAGUUUCGUCAAAUAUUCAAACGGGAAUUGGAGGGAGAGGACUCUGGAAUGAACAUUUUGUUACACACGUGUUCUUCAGCAAUAUUAUCAAGGACAGGAAAACUUGUCGCGAAGAGUCCAAUUUGUGGAUUGCAUCCUCCUUCAUGGAGAGCAAGAUUUCAAUAUGCCGGUAUUCGAACAUCAAAUGUGGUAUUUUCGUCUACAAGGUUUCCAGUUCAGUGCUACUCAACCAAAAGGUCUGGUAGAGGUAGUCGUAGUUCUAGUAAGGGAAAUCCUGAUCCUAAACCGUUACUGAAGGAUGACAAGGAAGCAUUCUUUGUUGUUCGGAAAGGCGAUCUGGUGGGUCUUUACAAGAGCUUAAGUGAUUGUCAGGCUCAAGUUGGAUCCUCGAUUCUUGAUCCUCCUGUCAGCGUGUAUAAAGGUUACUCCAUGCCCAAGGACACCGAGAAAUAUCUUAUGACUUGUGGGCUUAAGAAUGCUCUUUAUUCCAUCAGAGCGUCUGAUCUAACUAAGGAACUUUUCGGCACUCUUGUACCGUGCCCUUUUCAGCAACCUUGUUCGUCUAGAGGUGUAACAUUGAGCGAUCCAACAACAAAACAGAGGUUACAGGAAGCUCAGCAGUCUGAUUAUGGCCGGUUUUGUACUCUUGACUUUGAUGGUUCAUCAAAAGGAAAUCCUGGACAAGCUGGAGCAGGAGCUAUACUACGAUCUGAUGAUGGAACUUUGAUAUGUAGGUUGCGUGAAGGUUUAGGCAUAGCAACCAAUAAUGUUGCUGAGUAUCGAGGCAUGAUUUUGGGGUUGAAAUAUGCACUUGGAAAAGGGUACACAAGUAUUCUUGUUCGGGGUGACUCAAAACUUGUUUGUAAGCAGAUUCAGGGUCAAUGGAAGGUAAAAAACGAAAACAUCUCCAAUUUGUACGAGGAGGCAAAGAAAUUAAAGGAUAGGUUUCUUUCAUUCGAGAUUUCUCAUGUACUUAGGGACUUAAACUCUGAGGCUGAUGCUCAGGCAAACUUAGCUGCAGUUCUUGCUGAGGGUCAAGUUCAGGAGGUGAUCGAUAAAGAGUGUGAUUAAGAAGAUUUUUUUGAGUCCUGUCAAGAAUCUCUGCUUGUUCUUAAUCUCUUAGUUCGUCUGUCUAUUGUUGCCCAAUUUUUCUUGUAACAUUUAAUUUCACUACUGCGCGUAUAUCUACCACAUAAAUUUGGAGUUCCGUUAGUUAUUACAUUUGCAAUUUUGAGCCGUUUAGUUUUGUU